GGGAGGCGAUCUCACUACUUUUCUGUUCUUGGGUUAUUAACUCCUCCUGACACCCCUCUCUUCCCUUCUCUGGAUGAUGAGACGCCUCUGGUUACACUUGCUCAGAGGGGAAGACCUCAAAGUCAACCCAUCACAAUAUCAAGAUCAUCCACGAUGGAGAAGAAUCGCAAAAGUAGUAGAGGUCUCUCUGUGGCGCCGAUGGAGAUCUCUCUGCAGAGCGCCACCGACAACUGCGGCGCCGAUACCUCAGAGCAAAACGGCAUCGUCUCAGGGCCGCCGCCACCACCACUCGCCGAAGAUAAAGUUCUUGUCUCAGGUCACAUACGAUUCGAUCCCUCAAUUUCUGUUUGUUUAAUCGAACAAUUUCAUGGUGUUUUCAAGCUUCAAGUUUCAACUUUUUUUCUUGUUUCAGUCGAAGUUUGCUUAAAACCCUCAAGCACAGCUCGGAUCGAAGAUGUCCGCUCAGCUGUUGAGAUGCACGCUUUUAUAUAUGAUUUUUUGUGCUAGUUUUGAAUGCUGAGUUCAAUCUUUUAUAUUGGCCAUUUUGGUAUUCUGUUUUCUAGAUGUCAACUCUUUACAAUCUAAGAUAUUUAGGAGCAAACAAUGAAAUAUUAGCAGGACUUUUGAGAGCUUUAAAUGGGUCACGGUCC